AUGUUUCACUCGAGCACACAGCGAAAACACUGGACGUUUGCAAAUGAAAUCGAAUUGACUGGUAUCCGUGAAGAAGUAAAUAAUGCUUACUGUCAACGGUUCCGCGAAAACCCUUCAACGAAGAAAGAUGUCAACUUUCUCACUGUUGAAGAGGAAAGAAGUUUGAUUGAGUACUAUCAAUUAGUUUUGAUCGAAGUUUGUGAUAAAUUUAAGCCUCCUGUACCCAACGCUGUGACAGCAACAGCCGUAGCUUAUCUGAAGCGCUUUUAUUUGAAAACAUCGGUCAUGGAUCACCCUCCCAAGGAGAUGUUUUUGGUGUGUUUGUAUAUGGCGUGUAAAGUGGAAGAACACAACGUGUCUGUGGACAAAUUUGUAGAAAUUCUACCACCUGAUCGAAGAGAGAAGACCAAAGACUUUAUCCUAGCUCAUGAGCUACUACUUAUGCAAUGUCUGAACUUCCAUUUGACAGUACACAACCCGUACAGACCCAUGGAGGGAUUUAUCAUUGAUCUUAAAACAAGAUGCCCUAAGUUAGGAGACCCAGAAAAAUGGCGUUCUUCUGCAGAAGAAUUCCUUCGCAAAGCGCUGUUGACCGAUGUUUCAUUACUUUUCUCGCCAUCUCAGAUUGCCUUAGCGGCACUCUUCAGUGCAUCAAAAGGAGUUAUAGGCUCUUACAUCGGGGAGAAUCUUGGAGAACAUCAAAAGCAUGUUCUGAGUCAAAUUCAACAGUUAGUCACCAUGGUGACCUCUAAAGUUAAAUCUUCACCGAGUAAAGAACAAGUGAAAAGUCUAGAGCUGAAAUUAAAAGGCUGUCGCAACCCUGAAAACAAUCCUGACAGUAAACUGUUUAAGAAAAAGAAAAUGGACAAGGAAAAAGCUAUGGAUGAGAGCUUUUAA